AGAUCAAUAGAUGUCAGUGCAAUACGCGACAGUGCCCUUCCAGCUUACAGCUUUCAAUCAGUCGCUCCCAUUGAAUGUAAUUUAAAGAAAAAUGGGUAAUUAUAUUGCUACCUACGUAACACAUCCCGAUACGAUGCCCAAACCCAAUGGACCACCGACAUUCGAUCCGAUGUUUGGAUUUCCAAAUGGUCGGAAACCCAGAGAGAUGAAGAUAUCAGAAGAAGAUAUGAUAGCUGCAAAGAUACCACUUGAUCAACGUGAUUAUUGCGCUCAUAAAUAUUUGGAAUUACAUGAAUGUAAGAGGAUUCAUUAUCCUUUCAUGAUAAAAUGUGCGCACAAAAGACACGAAUAUCAUGAGUGCUAUGUUGAAGAUUAUACUUUAAGAAUGAAGGAAUAUGAAAGAGAACGCCGUCUUCUCGAAAGACAAAAGAGAAUACAAGCAGCAGCAGCGUGAAAAUCUUGUAUAGAACUUUAAUGAAUUUUGAUUGUUGUCGUCAAUAAUUUAGGAUGCAUAUAUUAAAAGGUGAAGUCGUGUUCAGCUAUUGUAUAUAAAUUAAAUCAAUAAAAUAUAUAAUGAUAAA